GGUACACUUGAAAAUGGUUCGAGGUGGUGGCGCGAGUCAGGCGAAGAGGAACUCGAAGGCGGGAAGCUGUGUCGAUGGACGCUCGUCCGAGGCGCCUCCGCGGACGGUUCCGUCGAGUGGGAAGAAAAAUGGUGGGAGACGAGCGAUGCUUUCAACUAUCGGGAACUCGGGGCGAUCAAAUCGGGGAGAGACGCCAAGGGCAACGUGUGGCAAGAAAGCUGGCGUGAGCAAGUGACUCACGACACCACCACCGGUUUCUCAAACGCCUCGAAGCACAUCAUGAGAGAGGCGAACAAGUGGGGUGCGCAAGCCGACGGCGCCGAAUGGCACGAAGUGUGGGACGAGAACUACUGGGGCGACGGUCAAGUGAAGCGUACAUGUACAAAAAAAGGUGCGAUCGCGAACGGCGCGACUCCAGACGACGGUCACGGUAAUCGUUGGACGCACAAGUGGGGCGAGGAGUGGGACGGUCACGGUGGGUGCGUCAAGUGGACGGAUUCCUUCGCCGACCGCGAUCAGAGCGAGGACGGUGGAAGCGGACGUGCCUGGGGUGAAAAGUGGGAAGAACGAUGGGGGGGAUACGCUCACAACGGGAGUGCGGGGAAUCGCAACGGGAGCACAUGGGACGAUCGCGACGGGCACAAAUUUGAGAAGACGUGGGGCGAGGAGCACUGGCACGACGGUCGCGUCCACAAAUGGGGCGCCACCACCGAUGGUUCCGACGGUUGGGACACCUGGGAAGACAGUGCCGGUUGGUGGGAGCGCGCACCGAGCUUCGGAUGGGACGAAGCCGUCUCGCACUCACCGCAACUCCUCAACGUCCCGCUUCGUCCGCGAGGCACCGGAGUCGAACCC